AUGCCAUACGACCUGAAAGGACGCAACGUCUUGAUUACUGGUGGCUCGAGAGGUCUUGGUGCCGUUCUCACCCGCACCUUCGCUGCUCAAGGAUGCAACAUAGCGAUCAACUUUCAAAGCUCAGAGACUGCAGCGAAAGACCUCGCCCAGGAAAUUGAGGAGAAGUACCAUGUCAAAGCGACAAUAAUCAAGGCUGACGUUGGCAUCACUACAGAAUGUGAGCGCUGUGUUGGAGACACAGUCAAGGCAAUCGGAGGCUUAGAUAUCCUUAUCGGGAAUGCCGGUUACACCAAGUUCACGGAAAAUUGGGGUGAUCUUGACGCUCUAAGCGAAGAAGACUGGGACAAGGGUGUCUCUCAGGGUGGCAGUUCAAUGGCUUAUUCCGUGACCAAGGCUGCUCAGCUUCACCUGAUGAAGUGUUUGGCCUCGGUCUGUGGUCCCAAGAUUCGGGUCAACGCCGUACUGCCUGGUCUCUUAUUGACCGACUGGGGUAACCAGUACGGUGAAGAGCGCAUUGCGUCUCUCAAAGACAGAGCAGCUCUGAAGAAGGAGACUGAUCUGCAGGAUUGCGCAAACGUCUUUGUUGACCUCGCCAAAAACACGUCCAUUACCGGCGCCAAGAUCCAAGUCGGUAAGAGCCCAAUUCUCAGCCAAGAAAGAACCGAGCUGAUUCUCUAG